AUGGCAACAUACCUCAUCACAACCCGAAACUGCAAAAAAUGGGCUGCCAAUAAGAAAGGCGAUACUCCGCUCUCUAUUGCUGGUCGCCAAGGCCAUGAGGAGUUCAUUUCAUUGAUAUACCACGAGGAGAGAAAUGAACCACAAGUCCAGGAAUGGCUACGAACAGCCCAGCUCCAUAAUGCCGCCCGCGAUGGAUAUGAUCAAAAGGUCAAAGAGCUACUUAAUGACGGCUCCCUGCACCUUGAUGAAAUGGACCGUCAAGGCCGCUCGCCGUGGUUGUGGGCAGUAGAAAAAGGCCGUGGCCGCGUUUUGGAGGUGCUUCUCAAUAGGCCCGAUAUUAAGUUCCUCAGAAGUGGUUUGGGAAUCAGUAAAUACGACGAAACCGAGGGUCCUGGUCCGCUUCAUGUUACCGCUCUGGCUGGGCAUGAUUCAGCGAUGCGAGUGCUACUACAAAGUGGCAAAUUUGACGGCGAACUUGACCGAACCUGCCGGUACGUCACAAGGGCCCCGAAAGGAAAAAUGAUGAUUGGAAGAACACCUCUAGGCAUUGCAAAUCAAUGCGAACACAAAGAUACGUCAUCUUCCUUCCCAUUCACCGCGCCCAAACACCGCCAGCACGCCUUAGCCCCUAUCAAGCCAGCUCGAUACUCGACUCCACGCCGGAUUGCCAACCGCCUCCCCAGCCGUGUACAUCCUCCGCCAGUAUGCCUACACAGCGGGAUCAACAGUCCGCUUCCCCAGUAUACGCACGCACCUCCCCGGACAGCGCUCCAUUCGCUCCGCAACCACCUGCGUGCUCGUAACCUCGCACGCGACCUCACCCCGCUCAUGGGCUUUCUCACAGAAGAUAGUGAGAGGGAUUUUAGUGCUGGGAACGCCAGGGCCGUCGACGACGAUGUCGCCGAGGUGGCCGCAGGGGCGGUAGAAGAUGGACAUGACGUGGCACAUGUCGUUAAAGCGAGUGGGUUGGAGGCGUGGUACGGAGUUUUAGUGGUGUUUUCGAUCGUUGAAGAAUGA